CGACCACGUUCGACAUCUCAACCACCCAACGCACCACCCCAAUUCCCCCUCCAUCCCUCCCAUCAAUACCGCAAAAAUGGCCGGCGGAGUUACCGUGCGCGACGUCGAUGCGCAGAAGUUCAUCACUGCCUAUGCUGCUUUCCUGAAGCGCCAGGGCAAGCUGCCCAUCCCUGGUUGGGUUGACACCGUCAAGACUGGUGUCGCCAAGGAGCUUCCUCCCCAGGACAUUGACUGGUUCUACGUCCGUGCCGCCUCCAUCGCCCGCCACGUCUACCUCCGCAAGACUGUCGGUGUUGGCCGCCUCCGCAAGGUCCACGGCACUGCCAUCAACCGUGGCUCUCGCCCCUCCAAGCACGUCGACGCCUCUGGCUCCGUCGACCGCAAGGUCAUGCAGUCCCUCGAGAAGAUUGGCGUUCUCGAGCAGGACGAGGAGAAGGGUGGCCGACGCAUCACCCAGGCCGGACAGCGUGAUUUGGACCGAAUUGCCCAGACCACCGCCGAGGCCGAGGAGGAGGAUGAGGAUGACGAGUAAAAGAAAAAUUUUAUGCAACCAAAAACUUGCAGGGUAGCAAUGGAUUUGGGGGCGUUGGGUCAUUAGAUUUUGUCAUGUAUGAAUGAGAUUCCCCCGACAAUGGGUCAGGUCAUUCGGUUUGCUCAAUUAGGACCCGUCCACCUGUCGUUUC